GUCAGAUUGAAAAUUUGACUUAUCUGUGUUUACAUUUUUCAUAACAAAAAAAUUUUGGCUUUAAAAAUCCAAAUAAUGUUCACUCUGAUUUCCAGAUUAAAGUGUUGAAAUUUGAAUUUGUGGACCAUAAUUAUCUAGUAGAUUAAGAAGCUACACAAUGGCAGGCAUCAAAUGACUGGAGUCUUUCUCAUACUUUUUUUGCAUUAGUAUUAAAUCGCAAAGUUGAGGAUGUGGUCACAGCCACCAGGCAGAGAGCACAAUUUUGAUACUAUCCAAAUUAUUAGCCAUUGGACUUCUUAUUGUUUCUGUGUGGGCCUGAAACUUGGAAAAUUAUGUCAGUUUUCUAAACCCUAGAAUUAAUAUGUAGUAGUACUAGUAGUAGGUAUACCUAAUUAAAAUGUUUUAAAAUGUUUGUUUAAUUUAUUCAUUUUUUGUUCUUUUUCAUGCUGUUCCUUCUUCAACAAUGGAUACAUUUUAUAGCAUUGGUAUCUUUGGCUUUCGCAGGAUCAGUUGGGAUGACCUUUUUGAUCCUGGCUUGUGCACUACCUCAAUUCGCUCUUUGGUGGCCUUUUUUUGAAGUCCUGUUCUACAUGCUAGCUCCAAUACCAACCCUGAUGGCACGAAGAUACUCUGACCACUCAGGAUCGAGCAAUUCCUGUCUGGAAACGGCAAUAUUCAUCACCAUGGGCAUUUUAGUAUGUUCGUUUGCUCUACCCAUAGUACUAGCGCGCGGUGGUAUUAUUUUAUGGGGCGCUUGUUGGCUAACAUUGACAGGCAACUUUAUAGUUUACGGUACUUUAAUUGGAUUCUUUUUGGCUUUCGAAGCUGACGAUUCUGACUAUAACAUGUGGUAAUUUGAGUGUAUUUUUUUAUGUGUACAAUAUACCUUAUGAGAAAUUGCAAUGAAAUUUGGUUUGUAAACGUCUUUUUCAUAAUAAAAUGAGAGUAACAGGUAUUGCUUUGGGUUUGAAUUAAUAUUAAAUGUGCAAAUAAUUAUAAAAUAAUUAGGGUUUUUUUCAUAUACCUACUUAAAACACAAAUAUACAAUGGUGAUUUUUGUUUACAUAGAAUAAGUAUUGCACUUUUUUGUAUACA